CAUUGGGAAGAUGGGUUAGCCUUCCUGGUAAAAACCCCAGGGCAUUUAGUGUGAAACAGCAGACUCUUCUAGGUCCCCUUAUUGGAAAAGCGCACCUCAGAAGAAAAAGUAUCUUUAAAAGCAAGUUUGACUCACAGAAGGUGGUUGCUUCCAACAAAAUCAAACACUCAGACCUGACAAGUGUUUCUUAGGUCAGGAUUCAGGAGCUCAAGAGAGGCUGUUUGACACCAAAGUGUCAGUGUUUCAUGUACAUGAUGCUCUUGCUCCACAGAUUCCUAACCAAGUGACUCUCAGCUCUGUUUCAGAUGUACUGGUUGUGAGUGACAGAGGUUUCUUCUCGACGGUUCAGAGGAGGCUGGCCGGGUGACUAUCUCCUUGGAGAAGUUCACUGUCUUUUUAGCCCUCGCAGCCAUUCAUGGACCAUAUUCAGGAUCUCUUUCAAGAAGGCUUGGGCCUGGCAUAAGGUAAGUGACAUUCUGGUACUCAUGGGGGGAACUGAGUCAGAGGUCUCAAGGACAAGGGGUAACGGAUGUUUUCUUCAGGUUUGUAAAGAUUUCAGGUUACACCAAGUGAAUCUAAAGAAAAGCGUGGCAAGCCUGUAGGCUGUGAUACCUCAGCGACCACAACUCUUCUAUCCCCAUUCUGCACUAAAAAAUCUGCUUUCUUUUUCCAGAACCCCUUCACCAGCCUGUUCUUCCUCCUUUGAGGGAAUCACUACUCCAGAAGUCAUUCCAAUCAUUGACCAUGUCAGGAGCAUCUCAGUUCUUGGAACAUGCUGUGAGCUUCAGUGCCAACGCAUUGAUUUCUGGUACCCAAUACCUGACUUCAGCAUUUGAAGACUGAAUGUUGACGAGAAAACCCCACUGCUCUGGAGGAAGAAAUGAAAACCGAGCUCUGAGCUUUUCAAAAAGAGGUCUUGAUUUACAGUUCUGGCACAAAUGAUGGCUACAGAAGGAAUGCAGACAGUAUUGGUCUGUAUCUUGGGUGCUCUGCUAAUAAAGUGUCCCUUAUCAAUAUCAAAAAUGUGACAUUCAGCUAGGAGAGAGGAAGAGAAAAUACUCUUGAGGGUGGCUUUGUCCCAAGCACAGGGGCACCAAUUACAUGCCCACAUGUUUCUUUUUCGCUGUCUCACUCUUCAGUAUUUAUGGAUGCAGCUUUGCAGAUGAGUUGAGAAAGGAGGUGUGAAGGAAAGGUAAUAAAGAAUGAUUAAGUCACCUGCAUGAUGAAAAUGAAAACCACCUAAAUCCCCACCACUCACAGUACUUGCGUUGUGAUAGUGCUUGUAUUUGUCAGACACCAGAAUCAUGUCUGGAUGAUUAUGUUUUGCUUUAACAAUGAUGUCAUUGAAGUGAUGUGAUGGAAAAUGUAACUUCGGAGAGCACCUCAUCUACUGUGUAAGCUGAAGUUUUCAACAAGUUAAUAUUUCUUCCAUGUUGGGUUCUAGUAUGAGAAGUUCUAUUUCAGCAGAAAAGUAAGCAUCUUCCCUCAGCAUCCCAGAAAGGCUACACUGGGAAGUGAGAAGUGAAAUCAGAGCAGAGGAUGACUCAGUAUAACCACUCGGCAGAGCUCCCUCUCCAGAGCUCAGCAAACAAGUCAUUAAAUUCCACUGAAGCACCGCUGGCUUUGGAUGAAGGGACACUGUUAGGGCUGAAGGUUUCCUUGUCGGUCCUUCUGUCCGUUCUAACUUUGGCAACGGUCCUUGCAAACGUUUUUGUUGUCAUUACCAUUUUUGUGACUCGAAAGCUCCACACACCUGCGAAUUACCUCAUCGGCUCCUUGGCGGUGACUGAUCUUUUAGUGUCUGUCCUAGUAAUGCCCAUCAGUAUUGCUUACACUGUCACCCACACAUGGGCCUUUGGCCAAGUGCUGUGUGAUAUCUGGUUAUCGUCAGACAUCACGUGCUGCACAGCCUCAAUCCUACACCUCUGUGUCAUUGCACUGGACAGAUACUGGGCUAUCACAGAUGCUCUGGAAUAUGCCAAACGCCGGACCACAGGCCGAGCAGCGCUCAUGAUUGCUGUGGUCUGGAUGAUCUCUAUCAGCAUUUCUGUGCCACCAUUCUUCUGGAGGCAAGUGAAAGCUCCUGAAGAACUUGCAAAGUGUACUGUGAACACAGACCAAAUUUCCUACACGAUUUAUUCCACUUGUGGAGCUUUUUACAUCCCAACUGUGCUCCUCCUCAUCUUGUACGGGAGAAUUUACAUAGCGGCUCGAUCCAGGAUCCUGAAGCCACCCUCAUUAUGUGGGAAACGCUUUACCACAGCACACCUGAUAACUGGCUCUGCUGGGUCUUCCCUCUGCUCCAUUAAUGCCAGUCUUCAUGAAGGGCACUCCCAUUCAGGUGGCUCCCCAAUAUUUAUCAAUCACGUUAAAAUAAAGCUCGCAGACAGCAUCCUGGAAAGGAAGAGAAUUUCUGCUGCACGGGAAAGGAAAGCCACCAAAACGUUAGGCAUUAUUCUGGGAGCUUUCAUUUUCUGCUGGCUGCCUUUUUUUGUCAUGUCCCUAGUGCUGCCAAUCUGCCGAGAUGCUUGCUGGUUUCAUCCCAUCCUCCUGGACUUUUUUACGUGGUUAGGUUACUUAAACUCCCUGAUCAAUCCAGUCAUUUAUACGGCUUUUAAUGAAGAAUUUAAACAGGCUUUCCAAAAACUAAUUCAUUUCAAGAAGUGCUCAUCUUGAGCCUCUCCUGUCAUGUUAGUGAGCCUUGUGCAAUCGUGCAGCCUACCUGGAAACUUCCUGUGCUUUUAUUCCUUAAGGUACAGAGCCAUAAUUGCCAUCUCUGCUACCUACCCUGUG